GUUUAUUAGAGAGGUGAAGGGAUAAAAGCUGCUCCAAGGACACAAGCUGUCAGGCUGCAGCACUCUUUGUUGUUUACAUGCGUCCCUCAGAGAGACGCGGACAGCUUCAGCAACUGAAAUGAACCCUCCAGUUCAGGAUUUCUGCCCCUUUCCCCUCAGGAUCCUGAUGUCUCACCGGCUCUGAUAUGCAUGUCUGCAGGUUGCACUGCGCAGCUGCAUCUGCAGGAUCUACAACAAUCAAAACAUGCUGACCUCUCUGAAUUCUUGGCAGCUCGUCUCUAAACCAAACCUUGCUUUCCUGUUUGGCGGUGCUUCAGUUUGUCUAAAAUAAACUGAAUUCAUCAGAAAAAAAACAACAACAACAUGGAAUGAAGAAGUAAUGUUGUACCAAACGGACCUGAUCUGCAUUUGGAAGAGCAGGAGUACCUGAAUGCCCCGCUGAGGCACCCAAACCGUCAGACCUGCAGUGUCCAGGUCGAUGUUUCUCUGCAGUGGACGUGAGGGAGUGCUGCAGCCUUGGAUUCACAGUGGAACCACAAUCCGCCCGGGCACCCAGCCUUCGGGUCGGAGAUGCUCCACGCCAGCAACUACUCCCUUGUGUUGCUGAUUCAGCUCAGUCUGCUCUCCUUUGACCUGUUUGUCAACUCCUUCAGCGAACUGCUGAGGACUGAACCCGCUGUCCAGUUGGUGCUUUUCAUCAUGCAGGACAUUUGCAUCUUGUUUAACCUGAUCAUCAUUCUGUUGAUGCUCUUCAACACCUACGUGUUCCAGGUUGGCCUGGUUGCCAUCCUGCUGGAGCGAUUUAGGGCCCUGCUAAUGCUCUCCACUCUCUACCUGACCUUCAGCAUCAUACUCCAUUCGUGGCUUAUGAAUCUGCGCUGGCUAAACACAAACAGAUAUGUGUGGACAGAUGGUCUUCAAGUGCUUUUUGUGUUUCAAAGAUCUGCUUCUGUGUUGUACUACUACUUCUAUAAGCGGACCUCAGAGUAUCUGGGUGACCCUCGUCUCUAUGAGGAUUCGCCCUGGCUGAGAGAAGUGUUUGCCCGGUCCAGACAGUGAUCUGCAGAGGGAUCCGCAAAGAGCACACGAUGCUACAGAAAUGUCACUGUGAAAAAGUUACCCAUUGAAUGAAUGAUGUUAAAAGAAAAUCCCAACAUACUCCGGUCGUUUCAAUUUUCUUCGAUUUCACGGUGAGGAAAAAAUGUAUUUGGUAGCUAAUUUAGAGAUACAUAACUAAUUUACAAAUUGUAACAAAACAUAAACUGAAGCCUGAAAUGCAUUCACUGAAACACACGAGGAGAUUUUCUACUUUACAGCUCAAACAUAUGGUCCAUAUGACAUCUUCCUUCCCUUGUGCCAAAUCUUAAGGUAUUUCAGGUAUGUGUUGACAUUUUAAAAUUUGACAAACUGUGUGGAAA